AGAGAUCGCACUUACCAGUUACUUCUACUCUUUGUAACAGUGCAGAAAUAGAACGCAGCCGGUUAACAUUAAUAUAUUUUUUUUCUUCUAAAAAGACGUUCAACAAGAUAAUUUAGUUGGAGUUGCAUGUGGUGAUGAUAGUCAAGGUUUUCGCACACAUGUUUGACUGAUAAUGUAUACUGGGAUUCCAGCACAUAGAAGAUUAAAACAACGUAGAUAGUGUGUCAAAACGUAUUGUUUGUUACUUCCUGCAUUCGUUGAUCAGUGUCGCUCAUGAUUGUCAUAAGUUCAAGUAAAAACUAUUUAGUGACGUAAGCAUUAAAGGACCAACAUAUAAAACUUAAGUCUUUCCUGACCGAUCGAACUGAUGAAUAGUCAGUUUUUUGGUUACUUUUCUGCAUAAUUCUUGUUCAGAAAGUUGAAACAGAUCUGCGUGUUACAAUAGUUCAAGAUAUCUUCCAUGGCACACACUGUGUUGGCGCCAUAUCUCUACCGCCGUAGUCCGUGCUAACGCUUCAGUAAAUACGUGUUGGUCUCCGAACUGGUCGAAUGACCUUGAUUCAAGACACCAGGUUUCUUUCUGCUCAUGUAAAAAUGCGAGAGUUACAAGUGCGUCUACCGUAGCAGUAACAGAUACAUGCUUCAGAUACUGGGAACGGUAACACGAAAAGUUGCAACUUGUUUGUGUCUAGAAAAGUUGUUUGAUGGUACUUUCUUUUAAUGUAUAAAUGUGUUUGCUUGUGAAAAAAACCGUCUAGCUCGUUCCCUAGUGGUUACGUGUUUUAUUUGUAGUUGAAUGUUUCAAUUUUACAAAGUACCGGUCUACAUGAGUGAGUAAAUACCGCUUUCAAAUAGCUUGGCAAAACAAGUACAUUUGUGGAACAUGCUUUCCCUGUAUGGUGGUUCUUGAGUUGUCUUUUCUACUGUGCAAAAAACAAGAGGCAGGCUGCUCUAGCCUGACCUCUGCUGCAGUCACUGCAUAAAUCUUCUGCUGAGAAAGAACUAGAAAACCAGGCAGAAGGUGCUAAGGUUGAACAUAGUAGGAAAACAAAACCUUCAUUGGUUGCACAUAUGGACAAAAAGAAGCCUGUUAAGAGACCCCGAAUGGAUAAUCCACCAAUUGGAGCUCGUGGACCAAUAGCUAAUGGCCCUCUACAUUCCCGACCCCUUGUUGCAUUAUUUGAUGGUCGAGACUGCUCUGUUGAGAUGCCUAUACUUAAGGAUGUGGCAACUGUUGCCUUUUGUGAUGCCCAGUCCACUCAAGAAAUUCAUGAAAAGGUGUUGAAUGAAGCUGUUGGUGGACUGAUGUGGCAUACAAUAACCUUGUCGAAAGAAGAUCUAGAAAAAUUUAAGGCUCUUCGAAUUAUUGUUCGAAUUGGCUCUGGUGUUGACAACAUUGAUGUGAAAGCAGCAGGAGAUUUGGGAAUUGCAGUUUGUAGUGUUCCAGGCUAUAGUGUAGAGGAAGUGGCUGACACAACAUUGUGCCUAAUUUUAAACCUCUAUCGAAGAACAUAUUGGUUAGCCAAUAUGGUUCGAGAAGGAAAGAAAUUCCAAGGCCCAGAGCAUGUCCGAGAAGCUGCUCAGGGUUGUGCACGGAUCCGGGGAGAUACACUUGGAAUUGUAGGACUUGGUCGGGUUGGCACAGCUGUAGCCAUAAGAGCUAAAGUGUUUGGAUUCAAUGUGAUUUUUUAUGAUCCAUACCUUCCUGAUGGAACUGACAGAGCACUUGGCAUAAACCGAGUUUACACACUUCAAGAACUGCUGUUUCAAAGUGAUUGUGUCUCUCUCCAUUGUACACUAAAUGAGCACAAUCAUCACCUAAUUAAUGAAUACACCAUUAAACAGAUGAGACCAGGUGCCUUCCUAGUUAACACUGCUAGAGGAGGAUUGGUGGAUGAAAAUGCCUUAGCUUUAGCCCUUAAAGAUGGCAGGAUCCGAGCCGCUGCAUUAGAUGUCCAAGAAAAUGAACAUUAUGGCAUUCAUGCUGGUCCUUUAAAGGAUGUUACAAACUUGAUAUGUACACCUCAUGCAGCAUGGUACAGCGAUGCUAGCUCCACAGAAUUGAGGGAAAUGGCUGCAUCUGAAAUAAGACGAGCAAUUGUGGGCCGAAUUCCUGAUUCAUUACGCAAUUGUGUCAACAAGGAGUACUUAACACCAAGUGGGUUUGGAGAAAGCAUGAAUGGAGCUGCUGGUUACAACUAUAAUCCCAUGGGUAUUCCACAUUCUACAACAUUGGAACCAUUAUCUACAACCCCAUCUGUUUUAACUCCUCAUUCUACACUUCAGGAUGCCCCCACUCAUAUGACCUCCAAGCCUGAAAGUUCAGAAGUCCAUUAAUAUCUGUGUGUGCCAAUCAUGAGAACUUCUUUAAUCAAAAAAAAACUUUCUGGGUAUAAGUUAAAUUCUGACUCAUGUUUGGAUAAAAACAUUUUCCACCAUGUUGAUAUCUUUGUAACACCUCAGUAACAUAAUGACAGCUACAUUUGUUUUUUGCAGUAAAUUGACUGUAUGUACUGUCAUUGAUUCUUCAUAGUCCAUCCUGGUUUUGUGUAACUUGCUAAUAGAAUAAUUGAUCCAGUAUGUUUUAUUUUAUUAUGGUUUUCAAGAUCAUUAUAUUACCAACUGUACUAGGAAGGAAACUUUCAACAUUUGAAACAACAAACAAAAUAUAUUGACUUCAUUCACUUAUCCUUUCUUUUUUCAGUUUAAUAUGCUUUUAAAAUAGAGCUGUAUGUAUUUGGUGAUGCAUGACAAAUAAGGCUAACUUUGCUAUUGGAAUAAAAUGAAUGAAAAGGUAUGGUUGUGAUGAAGUCCACACAGGAAAUUUAACAGAAAUGUUAUUAUUCUAGCACCUUAUUAAGACAUAUAUAUAUUAAAACGCACACACAGCUGUGUGGAUACGCUUCCUAAACCUUGUGAUUCACAAUAAUUACUGGCUAUUUGCAACAUGAGAAGUUUUACUCAGAUUUACCUGUAAUUGGUGUUAUAUGCCUAAUUGACUGACUAAAAAUAUAAAACCUUCACUUAGAAUGUGAUGGACGUAUAAGCACUAGUUAAUCAAGUCACCAAAUUAAAUCAGCUUAUAAAGUGAAAGUUUGAUCAUAUUGAAUGAAGUAGUUGAUGCCACUAACUUUAACUUUUAAUCAUGCCAUUGAUUUGGCUCAUAAAGCACUUAAUGUGAACCUCUAAUUUUUUUUCGUUGUCUGUUUCAUACACAGUGAGUAGUGGAUUGCAAUGGUCUGUAAUUUCUUAAUUUGUUUUCCCCUUAUUACUGCAUUUAGUGUGUGGAAAACUGUGCCUAAUAAAUUUUUGAUUUGAAUGUUAUGUAGUAUGUGUUCCACAAUACAAAUAUAUUUGAAAAGAUCAUUCCAUUUUUCCUUGAGUAGUUUUUAUGUUUGUGAUUAUAGAUGACAUGUAGGAAGACUUUCAUUAGUUUAUAUGGACUUGGUUUUUAUCUUAUCCUCUUUAAUGUAUCAUUGACGAAAUCUUCCUUCUUUCAUGGUACAUUCAUAUAGUGCCUCCAUCUUUUACCAUUGUGACAGAGUACUGUGUUUGGUAUUUUCAUAGUAAUCAAAUAAGGAAGUGAAAUAAUUAUGUAACGAUGUAGCUGGUUCCUCUAUAGCUUAUUUUCGUUAAUUAUUUGAUGAUUGUCAUGUUUUGUACUUCAGCAGUUAUACAUGUAUCGAGUAUUGAAGAUAACUGAUAGAUGGAAGUUGACUUAGUUGAUCUAGAUUUUAUUAGUAAAUGUUAGUCUUUUCCUUUGUUAGAGAUUCAUUUUGUGAUGUUCAAAUUCAUUUAGUUUCUGUGUUUUCAUAAUGGUGGCAGUGAACAAUAAACCCAUACCUUCUGUAA